AUGACUAAACUCAGGCCAACAUCUUCUCUCCAAACCCAUCUCUGCUUCCUUCUCUUCCUCCUCCUCCUCCUCAUCAGCCAUGCCAACUCUCAGUCAUUGCAAGACCGAGAACAAGCUGUCCUGCUAAAACUAAAGUCAUACUUGCAAUCUCCACCGUUCCUCAGCCAUUGGAUUCCAUCAACAUCAAACACUUCCCACUGUUCCUGGCGGCCUGAGAUCACCUGCACAAACAACUCUGUCACCGGAUUGUCUCUGGUCAACACGAACAUCACCCUCCCAGUUCCACCUUUCAUUUGUGAUCUCAAGAACCUCACACUCAUUGAUCUCAGCUACAACUACUUUCCUGGAGAGUUCCCAAAAGCUUUCUACAACUGUUCAAAGCUACAGUACUUGGACCUCUCUCAAAACUACUUUGUUGGCAAGAUUCCUGAUGAUAUCGACAGCCUGCGUCGGCUUCGAUACCUUAACCUUGCCCGUAACAACUUUUCUGGUGACAUACCUGUGGCUAUUGGCCGGUUACAAGAGCUCAGGAACCUGCAGCUGUGCAUGAACGAGUUUAAUGGUUCCGUUCCGCCAGAGAUAGGUAAUUUGUCCAAUCUUGAAGACCUAAAUCUCUCUUACAAUGUAAAACUUGUGCCAUGGAACCUGCUUUCCAAUUUCACCAGGUUGAAAAAGUUGAAGACUCUAUGUAUACGCCAAUCGUAUUUGGUUGGAGAACUCCCUGGAACAAUUGGGGAAAUGGAAGCACUGGAAGAAUUGGAUUUGGCAAUCAAUAGUUUGAGUGGGACAAUCCCAAGUGGUUUGUUUCUCUUGGAGAAUUUAAGUAUAAUCCAUCUCUUCCAGAACAUACUGUCUGGGGAUGUACCUCAAAUGGUUGAAGCAUUGAACUUGAGUGCUAUUGAUCUUUCUGGAAACUAUUUGACAGGGCCAAUACCAGAAGAUUAUGGAAAGCUUACCAAGCUAACAGUGUUAGCUUUGUCUUAUAACGAUUUCUCAGGUGAGAUUCCAACAAACAUUGGCCGUCUCCCGAAUCUCAUAAAUUUCAAAUUGUCCAACAAUAAUUUGUCAGGAACAUUGCAUCCAGACUUUGGGAGGUAUUCAGAGCUUGAAAGUUUCGAAGUUUCGGUCAAUAGGCUCACUGGCAAACUCCCAGACAAUCUGUGCUAUUGGGGUAAGCUGCUAGGACUUGAAGCUUAUGAGAACAAUCUCACUGGGGAGUUACCAACCUCUCUAGGAAAUUGCAGUAGUUUGUCCACCGUGAAGGUUUAUGAUAAUGGGUUGUCUGGAAACAUUCCUAGUGGCAUGUGGACAGCACCAAACUUGAGUUCUGUGCUGAUGAGCAACAAUUCUUUUACCGGCGAGCUUCCUGAGAAGAUGUCUUGGAAUCUUUCGCGGCUGGAAAUCAGAGAUAACAGAUUUUCAGGUAACAUUCCAGCCGGGGUGUCUUCCUGGACGAAUUUGCAGGUUUUUGACGCCGGUAAUAACUUCUUUAAUGGCACUGUUCCUCAGGAACUAACCUCUCUUCCUAGCUUAAUUACUCUUUAUCUUGAUCAGAAUAAGCUUACCGGCUUCCUUCCAACAGAUAUUAUAUCAUGGAAAACACUCUAUACCCUUAAUUUCAGUCGAAAUCAACUGUAUGGACCAAUUCCAGCGAAACUUGGUCUUCUACCAGGCCUUGCUGCGCUAGACCUUUCAGAAAACCAACUUUCUGGCCAAAUUCCAGCUCAACUUGGGCGUCUGAAGCUCAACAAUCUCAAUCUCUCGUCCAAUCACCUAUCUGGGAAGAUUCCAAUUGAAUUUCAAAAUGCUGCUUAUGACAGAAGCUUCUUGGACAAUCAAGGUCUCUGUGCAACUAGCCCAUCAGCAAAACUCAAGAUAUGCAACCGAAAGUCUGGCAAAAUUUCGUCUAAAUAUCUUGCAUUGAUCUUAACUUUCGGCAUACUUUUGUCCUUGUUGGCUUUGUCAUUAUCAUUCUUCAUGGUCAGAGCUUAUUGGAAGAGAAAUAGAUCAGAUUCUAAUUGGAAGCUCACCCGAUUUCAGAGGCUGAAUUUCACAGAGUCAAAAAUUAUCUCAGGGGUUACAGAAAAUAAUCUGGUUGGAAGUGGAGGAUCAGGAAAAGUUUAUCGUGUUCCUGUGAAUCGUACAGGCGAUGUUGUUGCCGUGAAAAAGAUUUCGAAUGAUACGAACUUAGAAGAGAAGCUUGAAAAAGAAUUUCUUGCAGAAGUGAAGAUAUUGAGUUCCAUUCGACAUGCCAACAUAGUGAAGCUGAUGUGCUGUAUAUCCAAGGACAAUUCAAAACUUCUUGUCUAUGAGUACUUGGAGAAUCGAAGCCUGGAUCAAUGGCUUCACAAGAGAAAUUGGCCAUCCAAUCUCACGAGUUCAGACCACCAUGUUGUGCUGGACUGGCCUAAGAGGUUGCAGAUUGCAGUGGGAGCUGCUCGGGGCCUCUGCUACAUGCAUCACUACUGUGUGCCACCUGUUGUGCAUCGAGACAUGAAAUCGAGUAACAUUUUGUUGGACUCUGAUUUUAAUGCAAAAAUAGCAGAUUUUGGUCUAGCCAAGAUGCUGGUCAAGGAAGGAGAACUCGCUACAAUGUCGGCCGUUGCUGGCACCCCCGGCUACUUUGCUCCAGAAUUUGGCUAUACAAGACGAAUGAAUGAGAAGAUCGAUGUAUACAGUUUUGGUGUCAUCCUUCUGGAGUUGACCACAGGUAGGGAAGCUAAGGACGAACACACUAAUCUUGUUGAAUGGGCAUGGCGCCAUUUUGAAAAACGCAACCCUCUUGCCGAUGCUCUGGACGAGGACAUCAGAGAACCUUGUUGGUUGGAUGAAAUGUGCUUUGUUUUCACACUUGCCAUCCGUUGCACCCAAAGACUUCCUUGUGAUAGGCCUUCAAUGAUGGAGGUUGUGCGGAUCUUGAACAGAUGCGGCAACCGUUAGGUUGCAGAGAAAAGACCGAGCAUGUUGCCGCUCCUCUGCUCAAUCGGUUAUUGGAAGACAUAAUGGUAGUUUAGCAACAAAUGUGUGAUAGACUUUGUUGAGUUCAAGAAGAGGGAUUGGAAGUAAAAUUUGUAUAGUUUUCCAAUCAUAAUAACGCAAGCAUAUGGCAAACCGGUCUGCGGAUGCCGUUGCCUCGCUUGCCAGAAAGGGGAUGUGCUUGGAGUCGUGGCUUGUGCGACCCCCAUCCUCUCUAGUUCUUUUGGUGUUUUUGCUUCCUGUUCUUGUUUAUAGUUCUUUGGUAUGGUGUGUCUGUCCUGUUUGUUUGGUUGGGUUUGGCUCCCCUUGCUGGUUGGCUUUUUUGAUAUCUUUGUAAAAACAUGGCAAACUCAAACAAUACGCUGAAAUUAGGAUUCAUUAUUAAUCUAUUAUAC